AUGACGGAUUCAGUGAGUUCAAGUUUUAAUAACUUGAACCUAUUAGAUGAUUUUGACGAAGAAACAGCGGAGCUGGAAAAACUACAGGAAGAACAGAAGCCAUCCAUUUCCCGAAACUCGUCCACCAACAGAAGGCAGCAACAGAACGGUGGUGUGAACGAUGCAUUGAGAGCUCGUGUCAGGGCCUUCCAAGAAAAGAGACGCACGCAGCAAGAUAAGAAUGAGACUAGUGACGACACAAGCUCACCAAACUCAUUAGCAGAGUCUCCCUUUUCUUCUCCUGGUGUGGCGCCUGCCCAUGCAGACUCUCCCAAGACGACGUGGAAUGUCAAACCUUCGCCACAGAGUCCAGUAGAGUUUGAACCCGACAGAUAUACUCUGCCGAAGAUAAAACCGAAAGUAGUACUUCCACAGCAACCUAAAAAGUCUUUGUCGGAACCAAACACGCUUCAUAGAACUAAACCGAAGCCAAAUUUGUCACUGUCACAAUUAAAGUCUUACAAUGAAGUGGAUGAAUCCAAGAAAAGCCAACUAGCACAGCAGAGCCUCAGAGGUACUCCUAUACAGCCUGCAAGAGCACUUCCUAACCAACAGAAUGCUCGUGUCCCCAAGACUAAACUUUCUUUAUCUGAAAGAAAGGGACUCAAUUUGAACUGUAAUCUUGGAACAAAUUCUUUGAAGGACAACAGUCGAUCGAUGACUGUGGGAGAAGUACUUAGUAAGCGAGGUCAACUUCCAAGACAGAAUAAGCAACCUCCGAAGGCCCAGGUAAAGCCACCACCACCUCAACAGCAACAACAGCCUGCUGGAGGAAUGUUUGCAAACUACACUAAAUACAUUGAUGUUGAAUCUGGUUCCCUUAACUUUUCUGGAAAAGCUUCUGUUCAUUCAAAGGGAAUUGAUUUUUCAUCUGGCUCUUCGUUCCGAAUAUCAUUGGACGAUUUGGAAUACAUUGAAGAACUAGGUCGUGGUAACUACGGUACAGUCAGCAAAGUACUACACAAGCCAACAAAUGUGAUCAUGGCUAUGAAAGAAGUUCGGUUAGAGUUGGAUGAGUCCAAGUUUCGACAGAUUCUAAUGGAACUAGAAAUUCUGCACAACUGUGUUAGUAACUGCAUUGUUGAUUUUUACGGAGCUUUCCUUGUUGAAGGCGCUGUAUACAUGUGCAUUGAAUAUAUGAACGGAGGAUCUCUGGACAAAAUCUACGCAGAUGUUGGUAUUCCGGAACCUCAAUUAGCAUAUAUCACUAAGUGUGUUGUAAGUGGCCUUAAGACUUUGAAAGAUAAACACAAUAUUAUUCACAGAGAUGUCAAGCCUACAAACAUAUUAGUGAAUGAUCAAGGAAAGGUCAAAUUAUGUGACUUUGGAGUUAGCGGAAACUUGGUUGCUUCCAUGGCUCGUACAAACAUCGGAUGCCAAUCCUACAUGGCUCCAGAACGCAUCAAAUCUGUCAACCCAGAUGAUAUUUCCUACACAGUACAGUCCGAUAUUUGGUCAUUAGGGCUAUCCAUAUUAGAAAUGGCCAAAGGUUGUUAUCCUUACCCUCCAGAAACAUACGAUAAUAUUUUUUCUCAAUUGAGUGCUAUUGUCGAUGGUGAAGCACCUACACUUCCAGAGGGCAAAUUCUCCUUAGAGGCUCAGGACUUUGUUGCACAAUGUCUUCAAAAAGACGCAAAAUUGCGUCCCACGUAUGCCUUAUUGGAGAAACAUCCUUGGCUGCAACGUUAUGAUGAUGACGAAAAGAACGUGGAGGACAUGAAAAUCUUUGUCACCCAACGUCUACAAGAUAUUGAAAGUGCCAAACUUGUUGCGGUAGAUACCGAGAAGCAACCUAACUCAGCACCCGCAACAUCUGCUGCUUCAGUCUUCGAAUACAAGAAAGUUCCUGCUCUACAUAGAGGGGGACUACCUAAAUAG